AUGUCUUUUUUUGUUAAUAACAAAGUUAUUGAAUUUUUCCAAAGAUUGUCAAGAAGACCAAGUGCUGGUAUAAUGUGGCUGUUUACCGGUGUCAUCGUGACUGGAACCGCCUACCUGAUGCUGUUCCUGCCUGGUGUUCCAAGAGAUAUAACGGUUGAUCAGGAUGAAGAACUUCAGGAAUUGGUAGAAAUCGAAUAA